UGGCUUCAGUAGGUUUGUGCGACUUCUGUGUGCCCCUUGGCAGCCUGGCAGAUGCAGAAACAUACGGGUUCAGCGGCUGGCACAAAAAGACGCACCUGUGAGGGAAGCUUCCAGCGUCUUGACUUAACUGUGCGUGAGGGAGGGAGGCUGGGCGGAGAGGCGCGGGGGAGUGGCUCUGGCGCCGGGCGGAGAAGGGGCCGGCCCUGGAUGCUGUGCUGCUGGUACAGGUCAGGCUCCCUCCCAUCUCAUCCUUUCACAUGGCCGGGUAGGAGGCGGCUGCCAGCAGAAUCCAGCACCAGCCAGUCUCUCCCUCGCUUGCCCGACGCUCUCCCAGGAGGCUCCAAGCAGCCGCAGCAGCUGGGUGCGGGCAUCACUCAUGCCAGCCACCUUCUGCACCAGCCCGGAGAGGAAGAGCAUGAAUGACGAGUAUACACCUGAUGAAUUGUAAAAGUUUGUGAUUGUGGAGAAGCAUGUCAAAGACCCCUUAACUUUAAAAUCAAGAAAAAAUAUGAAGGAACUGUCUGUCUGAAUUUUUGGGCCACAGCAUCCCACGGAGAAUACAAAAUGGCUUUUUGUAAAAGCACUGCUGCUAGUAUCCUUGAAGAAUGGUGUUUGAAGGAACCACUGUUAGGUUGUAAGAGGCAUGAGAAUGUCAGAAAAAAAUUGAGACUGAUACGAAUAAUAGGGCUUUUUAUGAGUAUAAUGGCCAUUAGCACUUUCUCUCUUUCAAUUAGUGCCUUUUUCAAGGUGGAACCAUAUAGCACUGAGAUAGCCAGCAGUCUAGGGAGCCAAAAGUCAAUACAUGGGAAACAAAGAACUCUAUUGGAUUUCAAGGAGCAGAAUCAAAAUAGCACAAUAGCUUCACCUGUUUCUAUGAAAUAUGAAACUGGGCAUGACAAUGCAACAAAAGAACACUCUAAGGGAGAGUACCCCAAAGACCUUUUUUCUCUUCAGGAAAGAAGAAGGGGCGCAGUCGUCCUCCAUAUCAUUGGAAUGAUUUACAUGUUCAUAGCUUUAGCUAUAGUCUGUGAUGAGUUCUUUGUUCCUUCGUUGACUGUCAUCACUGAAAAGUUGGACAUAUCAGAUGAUGUAGCUGGGGCAACAUUCAUGGCUGCUGGUGGUUCGGCCCCUGAACUCUUCACCUCUUUGAUAGGAGUCUUCAUAGCCCACAGUAAUGUUGGCAUUGGAACAAUAGUAGGCUCUGCAGUAUUCAACAUCUUGUUUGUCAUUGGAAUGUGUGCUAUAUUUUCUCGAGAGAUCUUGAAUCUUACCUGGUGGCCACUCUUUCGGGAUGUGACUUUUUAUAUCAUUGACUUGCUCUUGCUAAUCACAUUUUUUCUGGAUAAUUCAAUCAAGUGGUGGGAAAGCUUAAUACUGCUAUCAGCUUAUUUUUGCUACGUGACUUUCAUGAAAUUCAAUGUUCAAGUGGAAGAAUGGGUGAAAAAAAUGCUAAGCAGGAAUAAAGUUGAGAAGGUAACGGCAGCAGAAUCUGAAGGAAAGUCACCUAAUGCUGGGAACAAGGAUGACCAAACACUGACGACCAAGCCACGGCUUCAGCGAGGUGGGAGCUCUGCAUCUCUCCACAAUAGUUUGAUGAGGAACAGCAUCUUUCAACUUAUGAUUCACACGCUUGAUCCCCUGGCUGAAGAGCUUGGAUCAUAUGGAAAACUAAAAUAUUAUGACACAAUGACUGAAGAAGGAAAAUUCAGAGAGAGAGCCUCAAUUCUUCAUAAGAUUGCCAAAAAGAAGUGCCAGGUAGAAGACAGUGAAAGACGGAAUGGGGCUGCUAAUCAUGAAAAAAUUGAACUCCCAAAUGCUGCAAAAGUGGAAGUUGCAAUAACACCACCAACUGAUUCAGGACCAGUACAAAAUGGAAAUGUUGCCCACAACACUGAAGCCGAGGAUUUGGAAGAGGAUGAUGAUGACCAGCCCCUCAGCCUGGCUUGGCCUGAAACUUCACGCAAACAGAUCACAUACCUUAUUUUUUUACCCAUUGUUUUUCCACUGUGGGUUACCUUACCAGAUGUCAGAAAGCCUUCAUCCAGGAAAUUUUUUCCUGUUACAUUUUUUGGAUCGAUCAGUUGGAUAGCAAUAUUUUCUUAUUUAAUGGUCUGGUGGGCGCAUCAGGUUGGAGAGACCAUUGGCAUUAGUGAAGAAAUCAUGGGAUUGACCAUUUUAGCAGCUGGCACCUCUAUCCCUGACUUAAUUACCAGUGUGAUUGUAGCACGGAAGGGUCUUGGGGAUAUGGCCGUAUCCAGCUCUGUUGGCAGCAACAUAUUUGACAUCACAGUGGGACUUCCUUUUCCAUGGCUCAUAUAUGCUAUAAUUAACAAAUUUGCUCCAGUGACUGUUAGCAGCAAUGGCUUGUUCUGUGCUAUCGUCCUUCUCUUCAUCAUGCUGAUCUUUGUUAUUCUCUCUAUUGCUUUCUGCAAGUGGAGGAUGAAUAAAAUCCUAGGUUUGCUCAUGUUCGCACUCUAUUUCGUCUUCCUGAUCAUCAGUGUCCUUCUGGAGGACAAAGUGAUCUUGUGUCCUAUCUCCAUCUAGUGGGAAGCGCUGAUUUUCAUGAAUAAAAAAAUUAGAAUAAUGGAAAUGGAGUUUACCCUGACAAUUAGCAAUGGAUCCAUAACCUUUUUUAUAAAGGAAAGGAACGGAUAACAGAGGCUGAAGAUUUAUUCAUCUGAUGCAUUAGCUACUGCUGAACAAGAUAUUUACUUUGAAGAUAUGAGGCCAGAUGCCAUAAGGCUUUUGUGUUUGUGGGAGGAAGCUUUCAUUGCUCCCUGGUGGAGGUACAGUACAUGUAUCAUAACAAUGAAAGCUUUUAUAUAUUCUACACGUACCGUAUGUUUUCAUGUACCUCUCUUUCUCUAUAUUAAUAUAUACCUAAACACAAAGUGAUAAACCUUUGUAAAAAGAAUGCUAGUAUCCAUACUGAGGAGGUGCAAAUCUCCUCUUCGAGAUUUAUCUGAUAACUUGCUGAAAGGUCUGUGGAAGUGAUUAGCUAACUAUGCUUAUGAGUAACAGAAAGAAAAGAAUUUUCACAUCACUUGAUCCAAAUUGGCUAAUGGGCUGUCCUUUUGGUUGGUGUGCUCAUGUUUUGGACAUCUACUUCAUUGGCCUUUACAUGCACUUUGAAUAGCACAGAUGCUGUUCUGAUAGAAUCCUGCAAAAAUCCUUCAGGAUCCAAAAACUGUCUCUUAGUGUAAUGGUGUACUAUAGCCUGGAACAUUUUUACUUGGGUCAGACAUUCCUGAUAGUCACAGGUAAAUCCCAGACUGGGGAUUUGUGGCCUCUCCUAGGAUCAGGCCAGCAUGCAAGGAUAGCAGAAAACUACUGAGUGAAUUCACUAUUUUUCUAGUGCAGCAAUACUAUAAGUAAUGAUAUUACCUUUCUUAUGCUGCUACUACUACUAUAGGUUUGCCUUUUUAUAUAAGAAAAAAGGCUGGAUCUGCUUGUGUGUAAUCACUUAGAAUUUAGAUGCAACUGCUGGAUAGCAAUUUAGUUACUAAAUGCAUUUUCCACUACUAUUCAUUGUAUAAGUCCAAAAAAAUAGCAUACUUUUUAAUAAUUUGGGGCAGGGGUUCAAUUGCUGUAAAUUAUCAUAGGUCUAUUGUAGAGCUGUGAUUAUUUAUAUCAGCUGAGGAUCUGCUCUACAACCUUGGGAAAUAAGGUAAGAGGAACUAACAAACCCCCCCCCGUAACUGAGUUGCAGAUGGACGUGCAAACAGGAAUCCUGUCAUUUAAUUUGGUAUCUGGUUUCUUCAAGUGCCCAUUCUAAAGCUAUUUCUCAUUUUUAUCACAUCCACUAUGAAAAUGGUAUACCCAGGACUGUACAGCAGAUGGCUCAGCACAUUUUGUCUAGUUAGUUGUUUGGAUGCAUUUGUUAUACUUUCCUUUCUGAAUCCAAAGCCAUUUUAAUUUCAUUAGUGACUUCUGUCCUUUGUUGUAUUCCAUGCAUGUAUGUUUGUAUUUAACUAUAACUGGGUAAAGCAUAACAACUAACAAAAAAAACAAUGGUAGAUCAAACAGUAAGAAAUAUAUACGUAACUAAAAUAUGUAUAUAUAUAGGUAACUAAAAAUAAAAGUUUGUAUUAUGAAAGCUGGAAUGCUAAUGAAGAAAAGCAAGAAAAUUAGAAAUUAAAAUUGCUUUCCUUAUCUGCUAAAGUAUUACAUCCUAGGCACAAAAAUCACAUACUGAACCAACUUCUACACCUGUGUUGCUCAUAGCUUUUUAGUGGGGUUUGAGCCUGUCUAAUUAGAGGCAGAAAUUUGGCCAUGUGUUUUGUUUAAUGGCAACCAUUACUCUGAUAUAUCCUAAUUUGUAGUAGGCAACCAUCAAUCCUUCUUGAUCAUCCUCAUCUGUGCUGUAAAUUUAAAUAUAGCAGCAUCCCCUUUCAAUAGGCAUAUACAUACUCAUAGUGGCGGCUGCUGAAGAGAAUGGCAAUCUGAAGAGAAAACAUGUAUUAGAGACCAAAUUCUGCACUCAUUCACACUAAGAAACUGCCACUGUCCUCAGUAGAAAUUUGUAGGUUUAAAUGAGGGUAGGUUUGUCCCAUGGUCAUCAUCCAGUCCUUUGAAGUAGCUUUUUCAAAGCAAUACAGAGGUUUCAAUGUGCAAUGUUUUCCUUAGAGGGGUGGGAUAAGAGAUGCCGAUCACAAAAAAAGAGCACGUACAAGAUUUUAUGAGCAUGAUGCAGCUUUAAAGUGAUGAUAGCAUGUGAGUGCAUACUGUCAUUUGAAAUAUACUCAGAUCCAGAUUCUCUGGGUUGACACUUAAAUAUUAAAACACAUAGGCCCAGUGUUUGAUCUUAGUUCAGUGCAUUAAAGAUACUCUGCAUUUCACUGGUAUAACUACCUUCAACAUAUGUACCACACUGGGGAGGGAAAAACACCAGUGCUUGUAACUGGACAGCAGUCUUAGAGCUUAGGUGUGCUAUGGAGAUUCUGUAGCAGUUCAGAAUCUUACAACUCUGUAAAGGGUUGGAAUUAGGGUAGGGAAUAGAAAAUAACUAUUCAAGAAGGCACAAAGCAAAACAGUGCUGAGGUUGCACAAACCAAGGAAAGAUCUGUGUAGGCCUAGUGAUUGAUAUAUUUUCAUUGUAUUUGCAUGCUAUCCUCAAGUAUUUAGCAUGACCUAAAACUGCACCCUGCUGGGAGUGGGUGGCCUGGUGGGGCUCUCAGUGGUGUGGGAGCUCCCAGGAAAUGCCAGGCCAAGUGACCACCCUGGUGAAAGGCAAGUAGGGGGUGCCUUAACCCCAGCCCUCACCUUUUGUGUGGGUUGAAAAUAAUAGCAAUUGCCAAGCACAAUGACCUGCUGCUCCAGUGGGGGAGUGAGAGUCCCUGUGAGACCUUGGAGCACCAGUUGUGGUGUGUGCGAGGGGAAUAUCAUCAAAGGAGGAUUAGAGGCCAGGUAAGCUUCUGGAAGUGCCUGAGCCAGUUGGGGAAAGACCCUGCAGGACCAGGCACACUCCCAGGAGCACCUGAGCUGGGAAUGGGGAACCCCACUCCAGAAAGGCGAAGACCCCGCUGAAGGAAUCGACUAGUCAAUGCUGGGGCCAGGACCUGAGGGUCAAAAGGGCCAGGGGCCCACCACAAGGGAUGCCCACGAUGAGCGCAGAAGCUUGGGGUCCCAACUGGGCCUGAGACGGGGCCAGGGCUUAUGGAAGCCGAAGGUCCCCACAGUUGGGGGCCAUAGCUAAUGGGUGAAGGCAAGGGUUAAGCUGACUGUCUGAGAUGCCAUCUGCGAGGCUUGGGCCACAGUGUAGGGGUGGAACAGAGCUGCGGAUAGCCCCCCCUAAUAUUGGGGUGCAACAAUGGGCAGCCUCCCGCCUUAAUUAACACCUUUAUUAAUUAUCAACAAGGCAUGGCAGGAGAGAUAGGUAGGUCGUGUGCCCAGAGGCAGGUGGGAAGCUAGCUGCAGCUAGCCAGGGAUCCCCAUUUCACCACACUUAUCUAGGCAUCACACAAUAUUUACAAUAUUGAUAUACCUGCCAUACAGUUUUCACAAAAUACUUGGAAGUCAAUUUGAUGGUUGUGAUCCAUAGCGUACUGUUAUCACCAUACUUGAAGAACCAUUGGGAAAUACCUUUACGCUGAAUUCUGUAAAGACUGAAUUACCCAGAGAUACUUGUCAUGUCAACUUUUAUGACAAAUAUAAAUGCUGUUAUUUAUGAGGUUUUUUUUUUAUUAUUUGACAGCAAAUUUAAAGGAAUAUGGCUGUUUGUUUUAACAUGGUUCUAUUCAGAAUAGUGAUUCUGCAGAAUGGCAUCCUGGGGUUCCAUGUUUGUUAUGUCUCACUGAUUCAUAUCUGUUUAACUAUCAAAAAUGUAUGUUUCCUUACCAGCCCUAAAACUCAUACCUCAAUACAAGCAUCAAUUGUUCUGGUUUUUUUUUGUUUUUGUUUUUGUUUUCCCACACAUCAUCACUAAUGGAUCUUCAGGCAAUCCAAGCAAAUUUAAUUACUAAUGGUAGUGUUACACAGGUGAAGACUGAUUUUUAAAUGUAGUAAACAUGUCUCUUGAUACACAGGAAGAAGUUCACAGACUUUCAUCUACUCUCCAAUAGCAUGUUGUAAGGUAAAAUGGAGAAGGGAGCAGAAAAAGGAAAUACAUUAUAUCUCUGACACUGCAUAAUGCUAUUAAUAUGUUACAUAAUACCAGAAAUGGAAUCACUGGGACAAAUUGUAUUCUCUUCUACCCAUACUGAAGUAGCUGGAUUAUAUAAGUGUAAAUGAAUACAGACUAUUUGAUUUGUGAUAUGCAGCAAAAAAGCCAAAACUGUUUGACUAACACUGUUUUAGAUCACAGUUUAAUCAGGUAAACCAUCAGAAAUAAUAAGAAAUGAAGAAAGAAUAAGAUUAUUCAAUGGAUCAAAAUGUUAUAAUCAAGUCAUCCCUUAUAAUUACAAAAACAAGUCAGAUGGUUAAUCUUGUUUUUUGUCAUGUUUCAUUAAAGUGAUUAUUUUUAUAUUUGUUAAUAAUUAUGAUUUUUCACCUUUGUAAAGGGAGUGUAAAAGGGUAGAAAUCUCGCUUGACAAUUUGGAAUGAAGAUUUCUCCUUUCAACGACAAAGAAUAAAACAAAUUGAUAGACACGCAUCAGUGCUAUAGCAGCUCUUGAAGAAAAAAGAUAGAUCAUUUGAAAGAAAUUCAGCAUAAAAAAAUCUCUUCCUGCCCAUUCUGUAUCCCAUCGGAUAACUAUGUAUAACUCUAUAAUCCUAUAAAGACUGAAUUACUUUGUGGGUUUGAGCAACCACUCUUGCUAUAUUGUCUAGUUCAACAUUGGCCUAGUAAUCUUAAACUUUCAUAAUUAGUCAGUUUGAAAGCCAAUGGGCAUGAGUCAGAUGCUUUGACCCUAAAUUGAAAUCCUGACUCUGCUGAAGUUAAUGAGAGUUUUACAAUGGACUUUAACAAUGCAUGGAUUUUACCCCUAGAAUCUAGCUUUUUCUUGGGCUUGACAUAUGUUGUUGUUCCUACUCGUUAUAGGAAUCCUAAUCGUUCCCUUUACAAACACAAGGCACAAAUUACCAAAAUGUUUCAGAUCAAAUCACUGUAGCUAUAAAACAUUAAUUCCACAUAUGAGACCUAGUAUCAUACUCCUAGGGCAGACAAAGCUCUUAGCAGGCCCAUUGCUAAGACUCAGCAAAGCUUCUAGCAGGCCCAUUGCUAGACCCACUUGUACUCAAGUGCAUGAAGACUAAGUAUGUAAUACAAAAUGUACUACAAAAUAAAAAGGUUGUAUUUAGGGGUGGAUAAAUCUAUUACACACAUGUAAGCCUAUUGUAAAUUCUCCUUAUCGUAUACAGAACCAGUAGAUUAAACAAAAUACGUGUUUUAAAGAGAUUGGACUUUACAGUAUAUUACGUUAAAUAACAGUCUUAAUGCAAAGUAAAGCCAUAAUAAAACCAGCAGACUAUGUCUGAGUUUUUAAAUAACACCUAUAAUAAAAAAAAUCAUAAUCCAUGAUAUAUGCUAUAUAAUAUUCAGUGUAAAAUACAGUUGAAUGAGUCAUGUGUUGUCCAAAUGCUAACAGCGACUUAGAUACAAGACAAUCCUAUUUUCUGAUAAAAGAAAAUGUUAAUGUGUUGAUUUAACAAAAUGAUUUCAAAUAGGUAGAAUAGCAAGUAUACAAUACAGUGGACCACAGUCUGCCCCCACUGAAGACAAUGAAGAGAGGGCAGCAUUUGCUCCUGUUCUUAAUAUAUGCUGCAUAGUCAUACAAAAUUAUAUUCAUUAUCAGGUUCCCUGAGAACAUAAUUCCCUGUUUAUGCAGUAAAUUCACUGUUUCUGAAGUAUCAUCUCCAGAUGAGUUCUCAGUACAAUAAGCAUCUUGUGUUUUAAGUUUUAUGCACUAAGGGCUUUGGCACAAGUUACCUCAAAAACAUCAUAAGGGCAUUUGAAAUGAAAGCAUUCAUUAGUUGAUGGGUGUCAAACUUUUGUAAGUGUCUAAAUGUUACAAAGGCAGAUAAGGUUUUUUGUGCAAAUGUGACCUCUUUUAUUAGACCAACCAACUAAAUACAGUAGUUGGAAAAAUUGUUUGUUUUUUGCAAGCUUUCGAGCACAAACAAACAAACCCAAAGGCUUGCAAAGAACAAUUUUUCCAAUUAUUUAGCUGGUCUAAUAAAAGAGAUCGCAUUUACGCAAAAAACCUUUUCUGCCUAUGUCCUUAGACCAACAUGGCUACAACCAACAACCCUAAAUGUUACACAGAUAUGCCACUACAGCUGAGGUUUAUCUUUGAUUAGUUUUGCCCAGGAUGUUCCAGGGUACUGUAUGCAUGCUUUGGGGAAAUGUCUUACUUAAAUUCCUUCAGCUAGAUGCAGAGGUCCCAACCACUCUACCCUUUCCCACGCAGCAAAUCUAUAGUGGUCUUCCCCACCCCUUCACCUUUUGAGAACACCCCUCUCAGCACUUAAUUACAGAAAGACUGUGUAGCCCAGUUACACGGUCUCACUGCAUGCUUCAUGCUCAGCAUGGAGCCACUGGGGCUCUAUUCAAGGUAGAUAGUGCAAGUGGGGGGAAGCUCGCUUGUUCCAGACUUGUGUUUUCCCUGCCCAGGGGCUCCAUGCUUCACAAGGAGCUGCAGGGGCUCAAUUAACCAGGUACCACAUAGCAGGGGAAGCUUCAUUAUGCCUCAGUUUCCCUGCCCUGCUCCCUUUUUUUCUCAGCUCGGCUCUUGCAUGUGCUCUGUGCAAUGCAAUAGGUACAUUGGUUCUCAGCCUUGUGCCCUGGCUACUUUGCCCCAUUCCAGCCUGCAGGCCAGGACAGCUCCCCUAUUCCAGCCAGUACAAACCCUGCUGCCCCUAACCCAAUUCCCCCUUCCAGCCCAAUUGUAGUUCACUGAGAUGCAUACAAAAUUUUAAUCCUUCAAUUUUCUAAAAUAUUUUUUUCACUUCUUUCUCUUUACUCCCCCUCACCCCACUCCAAACAGUUUUUUCAAGAUUCCUCUCCUCCCACCCUCUGCUCUGCCUGGCCUCCCAUUGGCUGUGGAGGGAAGGCAGCCACAGACUACAUGUUGGUUUGUCCACCUCCACAUGCUACCCUUCCCCUCUGUCCCAUCACAGGGCAGAAUUGGAGGGCUCCUGUACACACCCCUGCUCUCUUGCCAUUUACUGGCAAGUCAGUCAUGCAUGUCUGAAACAACACAAACCCUAUUAAAUGCUAUAAUUUUAUAUCACAUUCCACAGAACCUCUGCCAAAGCCCUUAGUUCUUAUAACAGUUUAAAUUCUAUGAUGUUUAAAUUCUAUGAUUCUAUGAUAUUUAAAUUCUAUGAUGUUUAAAUUCUAUGAUGUUCUUACAACAGUUUAAAUUCUUGAUGCUCAGACUAUCUGAUUAAAAUUAACAAUUCCUUUUUUUAUUUGCCAUCAAAAAUAAGUACUGCAGAAGCUACCUUUUUUUUCUGAUUAUCUAGUCACAGGGUCUUAGUCCUGCAAUUCUGAUUCACAUGAAUAAGAGUUAUUUGUGUCACUCAGGAUUUGCAAGCUCACUUUCAAAUUUGGGUAGCAUAUUGUAUUGCAUCCAGAUAUUAUUUUUGUAAUAAGUUGGGGGGUUUCAAUUAUCAGUCAUAAUUUAUUUAUAGCUUUCACUAAAACAAUACAAUAGAAUUAACAAUAACAUUAUAUAUUAUAUAAUAAAAUUACAUGGUUUGUGGUUAUUGGUAAAAGCAUACAAUACCAUUCUACAUUCUACUAAUUUAAACAAAAGUAAAAUUGAACAUUCUAAUAUCAUAAAAGCAUAAGUCUGUUUGUCUGUCUGUAAUGCUUUAUUCAUGCUCUGAUUGGCAGAUAAUCAGAGUGCUCCAAGUAGGAGGAGUGCUACCAUGAUUCCAAAGCUGAGCCCCAACCUCACUCCCUGCAAGAAGCAGAACAGUGGCACCAUAGGGUGUUAGGUGGUGGCAUUCCAUCCCAGCCCUCAUCAUUCUUGAUGAGCAGUUGGCUAGUAAUAUAUGAUGGCACAUAAAAAUAUAUAAAAUGAAGCAAUAUUAGAUACUACAUUAAAAAACUAAAAAUGGAACCAUUUUAUGUGGAAUAGUUUUGUGGCUGAUUUGCUAUUUUAUGGCACAACAAAUUAGCUGAAUAUGGCAUGUUGCUAUUUAUGGGACCUAUGUCUUGUUUUCAUUCCCCACUUGCAAACUGUUUCUAUCACCCUCUUGUCACAUCUAAAAUUAGUUUUCAAGCUCUCUGCUAGCAAUCUUUCUUUUGUUCCUAUAAAAUGUCUAGAGCUGAGACACGUAAAUAUAUUAAACAAUAAAUGAAUAAAAUAAUGAAAAUAUCUGUUCAACAGAGAUCAGAUAUUGUGUAGACUGGCUACAGUGACUGAAAAAAACACUUCUGAAAUCAAGGUGUAGUACAUGUAUACAACUUUAAAAAAAUGAAAUCAAUUGUAUGCUAAAGGGAAAUAAGUUGUAGAAAUCUGAGUCUCAAUUAGAAAUAAGCCUGUCAGUCUGUAUUUGGAUGUGGCUUUCAUCCUGGCUUGUGAGAUUUUUCACACUUUCAGUGAAAGUCUGUCAACAUGAUCUUUCUGAAAAUGGCAUGCUGAAUAACUUACCAGUUAUAACACUCUUGAUUCCUAUACUGAGGACAUGUCUACACAUGCCAAUUUAAGGUGCUUUAGCCAUUUUUAAGGCAUAUUAAGGAUUUGGGUCUACACAUGCAUGCCCUUAAUGUGCCUUUAAAAUAGCAAAUUUUAGGCUAUUCAUGCCUAAACUUGAUACCUGCAAAAGGAGGUGUCCAAUUUAGGGUUGAAUAGCUAAAGCUGCUUUAGUAGACGCACUAAGGUCCAUUAAACUCUGCGUAUCCUGACUGACUUGGCACUGCUAGUCUCAAGUCAGUCCGCACACCGCAUUAAUUCACCUUAGUGUGAAUAUCCUUAUUCACAUGUAGACAUGCGCCUAAAUCAUCUUAAUGCGCAUUAAGUUUAGGCAUGAAUAAAAGUACAUGUAGACACGACCUUAGAGGAAGAAAAGCUAAAGCUACUUUACUCAUUUAAAUUGACAAAAAACAAGCCACGUCUUUUGUUAUAGAAAACCACUUCAAGAAGCCCCUGAUAAUUACAAAGUUGUUUUGUUUAGUUUGGGGUUUUUUAAAAAUAUGUUUUACUCAUUAUUCACUGGAUUAAACUGUCUUGUAACUGAAUGAGUGUAUUCUGUAUGCAUAUAAGUUUGUACACAGUACAAAGGCUAUAUUUAUUUGUACAUAGGCUCUUGAAAAUAAUCCAUUCUGUCAAAUGUAUUACUUCACUUUAUCUCCAGAACUUUUUACUGUGCUUGUGUACACUUUUUCACACUAAUGUAUAACCGUUGUACUACUAAUACACUGUUCCUCAUAUAAGAGUCACUUUAUGUAAAUUCUCUGAUUGUGAAAAUAAAAAAAAAAUGUAAUCUGG